UGUAUUUUAUCAUUGAAAUACUUGAGACGGUGAUAUAUAUACACCCGCCACUUAUUUAAAUAUUAUCGUACAAAUGCAUAAGCUUAACUUACAAUUAAAUUUAUUUUUAAUUUUUACUUUUAGUUUGAUCACCUGGGAAGUUAACUCUGAGUCAACAUCCGAUGGACAAUAUCCAUUAGUGAUGAUCCCCGGAACAGCUGGGUGUCAAGCUUUUGCCGUGCUGAAGAAUGAUCCCAAUCAUAAAGCGCUACCUGUAUGGUUAAAUUUGGAAUUUUUUGCAUUUAUAAAACAUUUUACUGAGUAUUUUAAGUUAGUUAAAUGUCUAUUUUUUGUGUCAUACAAAAUCUGGAAAUUAUAAAACAACUCUAUUCUAGAUUACAGUAUGAUCCAAAAACUGGUCACAGUUAUGAUGCUGAAGGUGUUGACAUUAUUUUUCCAGGAUGGGGUGAAACAUGGUCAAUUGAGAAUCUAGAUGAAAGACCAAAUAUGUUUUCUGAAUAUUUUGGUUCAUUGGUUAAUGCUCUAAGAAAAGAUCCGUUUUAUGUAUCGAAUUUUACAAUGAGAGGCGCACCAUAUGAUUUUAGAAAAGCUCCAAAUGAAAACGGUGAAUUUUUCAAUAAAUUAAAAGCCUUGAUUGAGGAAACUUAUGAAAAUGCAAAACAAAGACCCGUUGUUCUACUACCACAUAGUAUGGGAUGCUUAUUUGCUCAGUGGUUUUUGAAAAAAUGCGAUAUUCCAUGGAAAAAGAAGUAUAUAAAAUCUCUGGUGUUUUCCAGCUGUCCGUUCGGGGGUUCUGUGAAAACAGUGAAGAUUGAAGCUAGUGGUGAUAACUUUGGGGUAUUUCUGCGUAGUCCAUUAAGUUUUCGACACGUUCAACGUUCUAUGCCAUCUCUUCCUUUCUUAUUUCCUGAUUCUCGUUUAUGGCCAUCAUCGGAGCCACUUAUUAUCACACCUACAACAAACUAUAGCUCAGCUGAUUACGAGCGUUUCUUCAAAGAUAUAAAUUACACUAUUGGCUACCAAAUGUGGAAAGAUACUCACUCCCUUGUUGAUGGAUUAGAAAUGCCUACUGGUAUUGAUGAUAUUUAUUGUAUUCAUGGUUCACGUUUAUCCACUACCGAAAAAAUUUCCUAUUCUGCACCCAGUUAUUUUUAUAGUGGUUUCCCAGAUCAAGUACCCUUAUUAAUUCCUGGUGACGGAGAUGGGACAGUCGGCAUACGAAGCUUAGAAUACUGCAAAAAUUGGCCUGGAAUAAAAUAUUACAUAUUACCUGGAGCGGAGCAUGUUCGUAUUCUUAGUGAUGUAAGACAUAUUAACAUUAUUCUCAAAAUUCUUAAUGCAAAUAUAACUCAUGGAUAAACAUCAGAUUUUGAUGUCUGAAGAUAAACUACUGGAUUAAGUGGACGAUAUGUCAAAUGAAGCCCAUAAACUAAAGAAACGUGUCGAAACAAGUAUUAUUAAUAUUGAGCAGCUGUUUUUUGUAUUUUCAGUUAUUUACUGAACAAAAAUAAUGCCAUUUGACAUACUUAAGAAAAUCAAAGUCUUGGUUUGCUGUACUUAUGAUUUUCAUUGUCAAGCUUAGCUCAAUUUCUGAUUAUGUGAUUUAACUGAACUUUAUAGCCAUUGCCUAGUCUAUACCCAGCCUUUUUACUGUAAUAUGAUUAAUUGAGUCCUAUGGAGAAUGGGUGAUUUUCAUCGGAUGAUUCGUACUGUAGCUGUAUAGAAAAUUCUUGGUUUGUUCAACAAUUUGGGGAAAUGAAUUUUCUAUAUGACCAAACUUUAAUUAUUGGUGAAUAGAGACAAUCAGUUUUGUUGAACUAAUUUUCAGGAAAAGUUAGAAUAUUAGUGGUCUAAUUUUUUAUUGAUAAAUGGAUUUUAAAGUAAGUCUAUACUGAACGGUCAUCUAAACACGUUGAACAGUUAAUCUUGUGUUCGGUGAGAAUGAAAGUCAUUUGAUGUAGUAUGUUAACGAGAUAUCACAUAUGAGACGUAUGUACUUGUGUAUUAUUAUUAGUAUUAAGAAUUCAGUGAAGAAAUGUAUACUUUAG